AGAGAAGCCACUCUGGGACUGCAUCCCUCAACAUUAAGUUGUUUUCUUCUUGUUUUCAGAGAAAAUCCUUAUUCCAGUUAAGCUUCAAGCAGCAUUUUCUACUAGCCAGAAAGACUUCUAUGGAAAUUGCACUCAAAACAUAAUGAUGAUGUGGUCCUGUUUAGGAAUUUCUGGUUUCUUUCAGGUUUCUAUGGAUCCUAGCAGUUCACAAUGAAGAAAGCACGCCAAGUCCUUCUGUAUUUAUUCAAAACCUUGUCUAUCUACCUAACAAAAUCCCAGAAAGGAAAAUGCCCAAAACUGCUCCUGGUGCCAUGCGAGGCUGCCUGUGGAUGUGCGUCCGAGUCCUGGCAUCCCUAGUCAUCCUGGGGUUCUUUCUUCAAGACAAUAUCGCAGCAGCACAUGUAAAGCAGCAACAUAACACAUUGCUGGACUCCGGGGCCAUGUGCCUGUGGCGGGAAGGCUCUGUGGAGGCUCGUGACCAGGUGGGGAGAGCAGCAAGCUAAGCUCUGAGAUAUUGUACGUGAUGGAUCCUCAUGACCAUCCAGUCUCCCCUAAGGAGCACGUGCCCCCAGUUGUCUCCAAGGCAUCAAAGAAUCACCCGUGGGGCUGAUAAUGUUGUCACUUGUACUCAGAGUGAAAAGAAGAAAAUGAUUCAGCAGAUAGCUCAGGAGGAAAUCAGCUCCAAAAUCAAGAACCAUUUGAAAUACUUCACAGAGAUGCAGGAAAGUUCCCAUGUUCUCCAGCAUGUCACCUACACAGUUCUGGCUGGAGCCUCUUACCAGCCAAAGAGGAUGCUGACGGUGGGCAUCUUCUCAGUGCCACAUAGCCACAGGACUCACCUCUUGGACACCAUGACAUCCUUGUUCCAAGCUUCCUCGGAACAGGACCUGGAGUAUAUGCUGGUCUUGGUCCUCCUGUCAGACACUGACCCCACAUGGCUCAACCAAACAGUUGCCAACAUUUCAGGUCUUUUCAUGCCUCACAUUGACUCUGGGAGGCUGCUGGUGGUCCAUGGUCGGCUUGGUGGCUCCAGAGCAAAGAGCAGAAAUGAUACCUCCCCCUGUGGAAAACUAUAUUCUAGGCAAAAAACAAGUCUUGCCCUUCUCAUGAAUUUUGCCCUCAACCUCUCUGAAUACUUCCUGUUGCUAGGAGAUAAUGUGAAGACUGCCCCCAAGUUUCUGGCUAAUGUCUUCUGGGCCUUGCCGGCCUGGAAACAGCUCCCUUGGGUGAGCCUAGACUUCUCCAGCAUGCCGCUCUCCGGAAAGGUUUUCCAUACUGAGGACCUUUCCCGCUUCGUUUCCUUCUUGCUCCUCUUCCCCAAGGACAUUCCCACUCACUUGCUUCUCUCUGAGUUCAGGCUUCUCUUGUCUCAAAAUGUCCCUAUCCGCCUCAGUCCCUCCGUCUUCUACCGAAUGGACAGGGACUCUGAGUUUGAAGACACAUGCUUUCCUGCGAAGCGAGACAAAGACUUGGGCAGACCAGACAAUCCUGCUGGGACUGUCUUUACAGACAUGAUCUCGUUUUGGAAUACAAAUCCACAGUUUGCCUACUUUCUCAAUGAUGACUACUUCUGGGCCUUGGACCCUCUAGAAGGCAACUACUUGCUGGUGGUUCUAGAUAAGCCACAAAAAGUCAUCAAGGUAGCAGUGGAGACAGGCUCUACUAAGAAUAGGUUGAACUUAUUAAAACAUGGGCAACUAUUACUGGGCUACAGCCCCAUGGAAUACCCCCAACGCUGUGCUCAUUAUAACUUGGUAGGACCAUUGGUGAGAGGUCAGUUGGAGCAGAUGGUAUUUUAUGAAGAAGAUGCUGUGAUGGAGAUUAGUUGUAUAAAAUUGCUGGUGACAUCAUCUCAUGACUACCCCGUCAGGAUCAUGCAGAUCAAAGUCUGGACAAAAGUGGAGGACGAGGAGAGUUGGAGGCUACUGUAAGAUUUCUAUAAGACAGGGUCUAGGAAGGGAGAAAUAAAGCCAUCGAAUGACCAAAAAUGUCUUCUCCUUGUGAAUACAGUGAUCAUGGAAUUUAUUCUCCAAAAAGGACAAAAAGGACACUAUGCUGGCUGGUUCCUGUCAACUGACACAAAGCUAGAUAAAACCGAGAGGAGGGAACCUCUGUAAGAUCGGCCUGUGGGUCAGGAGAGCUGUGUAGUCAGGAGAGCUGUGUAGUCAGGAGAGCUGUGUAGGUCAGGAGAGCUGUGUAGUCAGGAGAGCUGUGUAGUCAGGAGAACUGUGUAGUCAGGAGAGCUGUGUAGUCAGGAGAGCUGUGUAGUCAGGAGAGCUGUGUAGGUCAGGAGAGCUGUGUAGUCAGGAGAGCUGUGUAGUCAGGAGAGCUGUGUAGUCAGGAGAGCUGUGUAGUCAGGAGAGCUGUGUAGUCAGGAGAGCUGUGCGGCACGUUCUGGAUCAGGGAUUUGAUGUCUCAGACAGAGUAAAGUGCUCCUAAGCAACAUCACGGCAGUCAUUCUCUGCUUCCUCAUGUGCACUUACACACACACACACACACAUC